GACGUCACCGUCACCCGUGUCGGGGCCGGGGGGGUUAUGGUGGUCUUUGUGGUGCGCUCCGCGCUGGCGCAGGGCUCCCGGCGCUUCCCAACGCUCCGCAGCACCCGCAGGCACCGGCCGCCGCCUUCAGCCCCCUCCGACACGGUCCCUGCCAGCCCAUGAAGUGACUCAGGCGGGUGGCACAGCCCCUGCUCCUGCCAUAGCCGCCACACCGGGCACUGAGGUCCGCUGGCCAUGGGCAACCUCAUAAAGGUACUGGGCAAAGACUUAGAAAACUGCCCUCAUUUUUUCCUGGAUUUUGAAAGUUUCACAUGGGGAACCUUCUAAAAGUGUUGACUUAUAACGAGCUUGACCAAGGCCCUAAUUUUUUCCUUGACUUUGAAAAUGCGCAACCGACGGCGGCCGAGACUGCGGUGUGGAACGCGGUGAACGCGGUGCUGGAGGAGGCGCAGGCGGUGCUGGCCGAGCUCCAGUCCUACACGGGCGCGGGGCAGGAGAUCCGGGAGGCCAUCCAGAACCCCGCGGACCCGCGGCUGCAGGAGCGCGCCUGGGGCGCCGUCUGCCCGCUCGUCGCGAAGCUGAAGCGUUUCUAUGAGUUCUCGCUGCGCCUGGAGAACGCGCUGCGGAGCCUGCUGGAGGCCCUCACCAGCCCCCCGUACGCCCCGACCCAGCACCUCGAGCGGGAGCAAGCCUUGGCCAAGCAGUUUGCAGAGAUCCUGCACUUCACCCUCAGCUUCGAUGAGCUCAAGAUGACCAACCCUGCCAUCCAGAAUGACUUCAGCUACUACAGAAGGACCAUCAGCCGAAACCGCAUCAACAACCUGCAGCUUGAUGCAGAGAGCGAGGUGAACAAUGAGAUGGCCAACAGGAUGUCCCUUUUCUACGCCGAGGCCACCCCCAUGCUCAAAACACUCAGCAACGCCACCACCAAGUUCGUUUCCGAGAACAAGACGCUGCCAAUCGAGGACACAACCGACUGCCUGAGCACCAUGGCCUGCGUCUGCAGGGUGAUGCUGGAGACCCCAGAAUACCGGAGCCGCUUCACCAACACCGAGACCCUCCUCUUCUGCAUGCGGGUCAUGGUUGGGGUCAUCAUCCUCUACGACCACGUCCACCCCGUGGGGGCUUUUGCGAAGACCUCCAAGAUCGAUAUGAAAGGCUGCAUUAAAGUCCUGAAGGACCAACCCUCAACAAGCACCGAGGGGCUCCUGAACGCUCUGAGGUACACCACGCGGCACCUCAACGACGACACCACCUCCAAACAGAUCCGGGCGCUGCUGCAGUGAGCGAGCCCGGCUCCCCGAUGCCAUGACC